UCCAUGAGGAUGGACAAGGACCCCAGUCACAUGACCGAGAGGAUACUGGACCUCACCCUACAGAUCAUCUAUCAACUGACCGGAGAGAGUUUUCCUCCUGUGAAGUCUAAUGACCACGUGACUAUCACAAUGCCUCGUCCUCAAUUACUGAAACCUGAAAUAAACACCAAAAAGAUCCUAAAAGUUGCACAGAAGAUUAUUGAGCUGCUGACAGGAGAGGUUCCUAUAAGGUGUCAGGAUGUCACUGUCUAUUUCUCCAUGGAGGAGUGGGAGUAUUUAGAAGGACACAAGGAUCUCUACAAGGACGUCAUGAUGGACAAUCAGCCGCCCCUCACAUCACCGGAUGGAUCCAGCAAUGGGAAUCCACCAGAGAGAUGUCCCUGUCCUCUAUAUUCCCAGGAUUCCACACAGGAAGGUCACACCAUCCCUCACCAUCAUCAGGUGGAUGGAUCCAGCAAUGGGAACCCACCAGAGAGAUGUCCCCGCCCUCUGUAUUCCCGGGAUUCCACACAGGAAGGUCACACCAUCCCUCACCAUCAUCAGGUAGAUGGAUCCAGUAAUGGGAACCCACCAGAGAGAUGUCCCUGUCCUCUGUAUUCCCGGGAUUCCACACAGGAAGAUCACACCAUCCCAUGCCAAUAUCAGGGUGAAAUCCUUAUAAAUAUUAAAGAAGAAGACAUAGAGGAAGAAGAGAUAAAUAUGAAGGAUGAUGAGUCAUGUAUGGAGGAGGAACACCCUCCAGAGAUCAGUACAGAUGGACACAUUGUCAGGAAAACCAUGGUUGAACCCCUUAUUUCAUCUCCACAUUGUGACCUAGAAGUUACCAGCCUCAGGCAAGACUCUACAAUGGAAAAUAUGGAAGAUAUUCUUCCAGGACUUCUUGGACAUCAAGAUCCUGAGGGUUCUUCAACCAGAAAUCCAGACACUACUUUCAAACACAACCAGCCAGAACAUUCCAGUGGCAGUGGAACCCCCGAACCUUCUAGCCCUGAUGAGGCUCCUCCAGACACUACAGAUGCAAUGACACUUCAUACAGCAUAUACAGAUAAAAACAGAAUAUAUCCAUGUUCCGAAUGCGGGAAGACUUUUGUUCUACAGCACAUCUUUGGUGGACCUCAAAGGACGAGCACAGCCGUUGAGCCGUUUACUUGCUGCGAGUGUCAGAAACUCCUCUCGCUAAAGCCGGAGCUCGGUCAGCUUAGGGAGGGUAACAGCAAGGCGAAGAGAUUUGCCUGCUCUGAGUGCGGGAAACGCUUCAGCCGAAGGUGCUACCUGUUCCACCACGAGAGCAUUCAUGCCGGGAACUGUGAGAACCAGUGCUCUGAGUGCGGUAAAUGCUUUACCAACAAGUCCAACCUCGUUGUGCACUACAGGUCACACACCGGUGAGAAGCCGUACCCAUGCACCGAGUGUGAGAAGCGUUUUACCCACCGCUCGACUCUCGUCAAGCACCUCAGGAUCCACACCGGCGAGCGGCCCUACUCCUGCCUCUAUUGCGGCAAGGGUUUUGCACAGAAGUCCGGUAUUGAUAGACAUCAGAGAAUUCAUAUGAAAGAAGUCAGUACAAUAAUUAUAUAA